AAAGUCUGAAAUCACCAACCCGCAUUGAGCAAGCGUGGUGAUUAAUGCUCAAUCCUUCUCCAUGUGAGAGGAGGCCUGUGCCCAGCAGUGGGACGAUAAAAAGGCUGUAACAGUAACAGUAUGUAGUUUUGCUGUUACAAAAUGACCCUGCUAGGUAUUAUAAUUUAAUGAGUUGACACAUGUAAUAUAAUCAAUUAUUAAAAUGUAUUUGAUUUGUAUGAACUGUGCUUUGCUAGGCAAAGAAUCAUGUAGCCUACAUCAGAGCUGAGUUUGUUAAAAUCACGUAGUGCUCUUGUAUUAAACAAAUAUUGCUUAGUUUACUACAUAAUACAUAAGUGAAGGUCACAUAGCCGGCAAGUGGCGCUGUAGGUACGGAAUGGGCAGUUGGUUGUUAUCUAGCAGUGGCAGCGCCCACGGCUUCCGGCUCACUUCAGAUUACUAGUGUGUGGCUGUAUCCUCAUGUUUGGGCUGUCUCUUCACGCGCCUACUUGUGUCUGCACUGCAUGUGGCUAUCAACUAACUUAUCUACUAUGGGCCACUCGGUGAGCUCGCACGGGCACGGGCCGAGCAUGGAGCUGGUGCUGUGGCUGGCGGCGGCCGUGGUGGCGUCGGUGCUGCUGGCGCUCAUCUGCCGCUGCUGCUGCCGCGGCAACUCGCGCGGCCGCGUCAUCGCACCGCCGCCGCUGAACGAGACCGGCGCGGCGCCCUACCCGCAGCAGCAGUACGCCGCCGCCGUGUUCCCCGCGCAACCUGUGACAGUGUACCCGGUGGGCACGGCCGCGUACCCUGCAGCCGCGCCGUACCCCGCAGCCGCGCCGUACCCCACCAACGCGCCGUACCCUACAGGGGCGCCGUACCCCACAGGAGCGCCCUACCCCAGCAACACGCCGUACCCCGCGCCCGCCCCACCCGCGCCCUACGCCGCGCCCACCGCGCCCGACGCCAACGCCUUCUUCGGAGUGGCGCCGCCCGGCUGGAGCGCGCAAGCGUGUCCGCCGUCGUACGAGCAGGUGAUGGGCGGCGAGCACGCGCACAAGCAGCCCCCCUACAACCCGCACGCGCCGCACUAGCGCACUGCGCCUGCUCCCGGGGCCGGGGACAAGCACACAGCCAGCGAGUGAUGUGCACUUCCGAUUGAAUUGUCAUUAUUUAGUGAAGCAGGGUAUUCACACUUCGAUGUAAGCGUACCAAAUCAACUGAUUGUAUUUAUUUAAGAUAAUGUAUUAGUUUCUUAUGAGAUUGCUUAAAGUCUAUAUUUUCCGAAUUAUUUUCAACAGGGAUCACUAUUUGUGCGUUUGUUUUUAUAAAAGUUACAAUAGUUAAUGCUUUGGUGGAUUUAUUUACAAUGUAAACAAUAUACUGUAAUGUCGGCUUCACCGACGACUACCUGUUAGUACAUAAAUAUUUAUAUGAAUGUGUGUAAUAGUCACAAUUUUACAAAUGUUAAGGUGCACUGUCGUGUGACUCGACGAUCGGCCGACAGACCGCUCGAGUGACACUGGCGGUGCGGCUCUAGAUUAGUUUAUAAACUGUAUUCUGUAUAGCUAUUCAAAUCUUAUAGUAAUUGUUGUGAGUACAAUGAUCUGUUGAAGACUGACAGGCGAGCUGGUAGCGGCGGCAGUGCGCGGCACACUGUGUCUUGUGUCUGUGCACGCAGAGGUGAGUAUCGCGUGCAGCGACCGGCCGCACGGGCGACACUGUCGGAGGCUUACGACGUUCAAUGUCGCUGUAAUGAGUACAUGUAAUAAGUUGUAUCUCGCCAAUGUCACUGUUAUCUGCUGUAUACAGGCUGCUCUCUCCUGCUGUCACUAAGUAGUCGCGUCAACGUAUUCUGUGUGAUCCAGUAUGACAGCAUCCUGUAUACACACACAGCGUGUAGCCGCGUGACGUCACGGCGUACUCAACUGCUCAGUUUUGCGUAGAGUACAUGAUGACACACACACACCUACACGUUGUACAGUCGCGGUCACUAGUACUUACAUGUUGUUACCACGACUGGUGUGAUUCAUCGUGUUUAAUUGUAGUAAAAAAAACAAUUCGAUAACUUAUUGAAUUCUAUUGAGUAAAUUUUGUAAAUAAUACUUCAAUUCCUAAUUAAAAUCUAAAUUUUCUUAAUUAUUUUUAAUUGAUUGUAAUUAAAAUAUUCGGAAUUAAACACAAAUGUACAUAUAACGGUACGUUAUACUAUAAGUAGUAACCUAUUGUAAUCGACUGUUGAUGGAUUCGGCGAGAGAAGGAAACACGACUAAAGAGUAGCGAUAAAAUGUGAUUUAAAAUCUUAUGCAUUAAUUUGUACGAAGCAUGUUUAUUUGUUAUGAAAUUUAUCUUGUUGAAUUAUCUUUUAAUCUGGUGCAGUCAGUGUUGGAACUAUUUGGAAUAUAUCUUGUAGGUAUGUAGCAAGUGAGAGCGUUAUCCGCCGCGGACCCUAGGAGCGAGUCGUAUGGAUGCGUUCAGUAUUGUGUUCAGUGUAUUUACCUCUCUAUCGGCCCCGACGCCGCCGUCCGCCGGCGACAUGACGCUUCGACUGCCAACAACUCGAUACUUGCUACAAUGGCAUCGAUUACAUGAAUGGGGGAUCAGUUCAGAGUCAUGGGGAGGUUGUCAGUGCGUGGUCGGUGGCGGCGGCGAGCGGCACGUACCUCUCUGCUCUGCCAAGCUGUACGUAAUGAGCUAGCGCAGUGCUGCGCUCCGCGGCCGCAGCCAGCGCAGUGCGGCGCAGUGCGGCGCAGUGUGGCGCAAUGCGGCGCAGCGGAGCGCAGCACUUGUGCUCGCGACAGUACCUACUGUUAAUGUUAAGUAGUUAAGCAUACAUUGUGAUACGUCGAGCGACACAUAAGUACAUAUAUCUACUAUUAUAUUACCUUCCCACUUGGAGAUUAUAGCAGAUUACUAUUAUUUACCCUAGACGAUAAGGAUACUGUAUUUUUUCCAAAUAUUAUUUUGAGCUUUAUGUUGUAACGUUAAGGUGCAUUUUGUUAUAAUGUAUAUUUCCAAUUUAGUUAUGUAAGUGGUCACCAAGUGUAUUCUAAUUUUGGUAAAGAAAUAUUAUAUUCAAUAAAACUGCGUUUCGCAAGACA